UUAACAGGAGGCAGAGCGGAGGUGGCGCUCACAGUCGAGCCCUGGAUUGUAGCAGAGACAGCAGCCGUGCUGAAGCCCACCACCACCACCAUGGACGCCAAACUGCUGGUGCUGAUGGCUCUGCUGGCUGUGCUCACACACGCACCCACAUCUGAGGCAAAGCCCAUCAGUCUGGUGGAGCGCUGCUGGUGUCGCUCCACUCUCAACACGGUUCCGCAGAGGUCCAUCAAAGAGCUCAAGUUCCUCCACACGCCCAACUGCCCCUUCCAAGUCAUUGCCAAACUGAAGAGCAACAGAGAAGUCUGCAUCAACCCUGAGACCAAGUGGCUGCAGCAGUAUCUGAAGAACGCCAUUAACAAGGUGAAGAAGUCCCGAAGACGCAACAGCAAGAAGGACUAAUGGCGCCUUCCUGACCUCCACUCUAUACCUCCCGAUCACUGCUAUGGAUGUAUGUUGACACGCUGUAUGUAACUGUCCACCUCACCGGGCCGCUUGCAGAACCAGCACUUCGCCUCCUCUAACUGUGGAUUCUUGUCCCUCCAUCGGUGCUCCAGACGUGGAGCUGCUCCUCCAGGGAUGGGCUGCGCUGCGAGGGGGCACCGUGGGGACAGCACCCAACGGUGUGAUAAACCAGCACUGGUAUUAUGGUGCUAUGUACUUAAUAUAAAGUUUCAGAGCCAGUUAUAUUCUGGGAUGGGUUGUUGUUACCUCAAUAGUCUUAGACUUGUGUCACAACGGAGUGUGAUUUUUUUUUUUUUUUUUUUCUGCCAGUGAUGCUGAUCUCAGCAGAAAAUAUUUCAGGAUUUAUUUAGAUUCUUAAAUGGUGUACUUCACUUGUGACACUGGGAGCGAUUGUUGAUGGAUGUUGAAGAGCAGGACUGAGCUUGAUCAUUUAAGUUAAAGUUAAAAGGACUCAAUGGGACACAGAGGAAGUUUGAGUUUGAGAGAAAAGGCCUGGCGACGUUUGUUUCUGUGCGUCACAAGCAUUGUAUCAGAACAAAAUAAAAUUGUUACAAAGGAAAAAAAGAGGGGGAAAAAAAUCAAUUUUUGUGGUAGUCAUUUCUGAAAACAGCUUGAUAUGAAUUCAAACAUGAGCUGCUUUUGUAGUGGAUGUUACCACAGCUGAUUAGGCAGAUUAAAAUAAUGUCAAAGACAGGGAGGGGGAGUGAGUCAGAGUGGACACGUUAAAAUGAGUGAAAAAAGGAGGAUAUUUAAAACAAAGCAAAGGGAAAAACAUGUCAACAAAUAAGAUAAUUAUUUUAAAGUUGGUGCACACAUUUUGGAAGUCAUUUUGUCUCCAAUAUACAGUAUCCAAGUGUGUCUUCUCGCGUUUUUGUGGUCAAACAGAAGGCUCAAAUCACUUUCUCUUUUGUUACUUAUUGCUUUCAACUAAUUUAUUCUAAUAAAUAGCAGCUUUAAAAGUGUGUAUUUUGAACUUCACCCCUCUUCUGCCUGUGCAGAGUUUUUAAUGAGUCUAAUAUGUUGUUGUGGCACCAGCAUCGCAGCGAAAAUGAUCAUUGACUAUCAUCAUUAAUACAAAAGCAAUGGAGUAAAAAGGACCAGGAUUCAACUUUGUUAUAUUGCAUGCUGUUACUGCAGUGUUCUUCAUCCAACACCUGUCCUUGGUAGGAAGAAAUAAAGCUAUAAAAAUGUAACAAAGCAGCUUAACUGUUCUGAAGGGAUCCUCUGUGGUGGCAGAAAAUGGUUUGUUCGUCGUGUCUUUUACAUAAAUAUAUAUUUGAGCCACUUUAUUACAAAAUGUGUCUUUUUAAAUGUGUUUUUUUUUAUAUAUUUUUCUAUGGUGCAUUAUCUUACUAAUUGCCUUUCGAACAGUGUAACUUACUGUAGGACGCAGCUACUAAAUGAAGAUCAAGAAAGUAAUAUUCUUAAAUGUUCAUAUACAGACUUUUGUUACAAUAAAUUUUGAGACAUUCAAUCCA